AUGUUUAAUAUUAGGGAACAACCUGAUUUUGAAAGUAUCAAGGAUCAAAAAUCUUUGGAAAUAGAGAUACGGCGAAGAAUCAUAGAUAAGACAGCCGAAAGAAAACGACAUUUACGUAAAGUGCAUAUUGAACGCAAAGAAGCAUUGGAAGCGGAACAACUUCAACAUGCCAAAGCAGCUGCAGAUUUAAAAGUUCGACAACUUGAUCGCACGCAUCGACUAGCAGAAGAACUUGCACGUCGUAAACAGGUUGAACUGCAAGAAUCUUUAAAGACUAGAAAAAAGAAAUUCGCUGUAAGUUUACCUAAAGAGAUUUUCGAAAAGUUAGAAACCGAUUUGAAGAAAGAAGAAUGGAAAGAAGAGGUGGCACAAGUGUCCAAUUUGAUCCCUCCGUGGAAUUUGAAAGAGGAUCUUAUAAAGCAACAGGAGGAGAAAUUAAAGUACAGAAGAGAUCUUCAAAAUCAACUGAUCGAUAAUCGGCGUAGGUUACGCGAGAAAGAGGAGGAGAAGCAUCGUGACAGAAAAAUAGUAGAAGAGGUUAAUAAAGUGUUGCACGAGGAGAAUGUGGAAGCGGAGAAGAAAAGAAAGGAAAUCGCUAUUACAUUACAAACUGAAAGGGAUGCCUUUUUAAAGGCUCGAGAAUUUUGGAAAGAAAAGAGAAAGGAGAUUCUGAAGCAAGAACACGAUGAAAUCUCGAGGAUCGUUGCUAAGAGGGAAGCUCUGCAGAAGAGGGAAGCUGAGGGAAAGAUUGAUAUUCGUGCGGCGAAAGAUGUUUUGUUGGAGAAAAUGAUGAAAAAGCUAACGGAGGAAGAGUAUAAAAGAUUGGAACGAGAAGAAAUUUGUCGAGAAUUAUAUAUAGCGGAGAAAGAACAUCAAUUGAAAAAGGAAGCGAUUACAGUGGCGUUGAAAAAGAAACAAACUGCUAAAGAAUUCUUACAAGAAAUGGCAAGAACUCAGAAAAUUAUGGCCGAAAGAAAGGCGAAAGAAAUUGCGAUCGAUGUUGCUUUCGCUAAUUAUUUGAUAGAGGAACGAAAAAAGCAGGAGGAAAAAGAAAGGGAAAGGCAGCAAAUGCGACGCGAAAAAAUUCUACGAUAUGGAAACGAUCUGCGGAAGAUGAUAGAGGAAAGUAAAAUAAAGCGUAUGAAGGAAUUAAAGGAAUAUUUACAAAUAGAAGAAAAUACGAACGAUAAUAAGGACUGCAAAAUUAAGAGUUUGUCGGAAUCGAUUCUCAAUCAACCAAAAAAAACUUCGAACGCACCAGAAUUAAUGAACAAUGACUCAAGAUAAAGUUAAAUUUUUAAUCCUACAUCUAUUUAUUGGUAUACAGAUAUAUACAAUGAUACGCGAAAAACAUUGCUCUCGCGGUUCUCGUCAUUUAUACAAAGUCCGUGUAAAAAUACAGCAGCCCCAUCUUAUAUUGGUUAUUAAGUACGUGAUAAAUUACACAGUCUCGCCUCGGGCGCUUCUAGUAUCGAAAAAUCGGACGGGAACAAUUAACGAGUUUCGUUCUGCCGAUCGGAUUUUUCUUGAUGCAAUCGAGGCAAUUCUCGAGCGAUCCUUUUCUGCCUUAUACCCCUUCCAUUCGUAGUAAUAACUUCCAAUUUCAUCUUCUUCCUUUUCUAUUUUCUCCCAUUGUGUUAUGUUACGUUAAAGAAUUUUUAGAGGAAGAAGGGGUUGAAGUAGCAAAAAUAAGUAACACUCGAGAUGUUAGAAAUGACUAUAAGUACGAACGUUAGUUUUCUCGGUGACUGGCUAGUCGCCACGGUCGCUUAUAACCUAAUUUGAUCGAUCGAUCGAUCUUCUUUAACUAUAUAAUAAGUAAAUUAAUAUCUAUCGUUAAAACAUUAAAACGUUUGAAAACGAUAAUCAAUAAUAUUUCGGAAAUGAAUUUAUAAAUCACAUUCCUGAGAUCGUAGAGAAAUUCUCUUCCCGGAUGAUCGUCUUCAAUCAAGAUGAAGAAUCGUAAUGAUCGUAAACAUUUCAAGUUGGAUUUAUACUUAUUAUUUUCAUUGCUUAAGCUACGUAAACUUUAUUUCCUUCACGCAUCGAAUUAUGCAUCUUGAUGAACGGUUCUGACCUACAGUUUUUUCCCCUUAAAUUCCGAAAAUUUCAAGCGAUAACGAAAGGAUCAGGCGACAUGGCCACUGGCUCAGAACCGGUGAAGUUUCACACGAAUUUAACACAGAUUGGUCUUAAAAGUAAAAUCACAUUUCCUUAGAUAAUCUAUUUGCCUACAUUGACUCACUAUUAUUUCCCGUUCAACUAACGCAACUUCUACGCGUCCUUUUCUAAUUUUCUUUCUUCUUUUUUUUCCCAAGAGAAACGAAACGAGGGAAGUAUAAUUUGAACAAUUUUAGCCAGUCGGAAAGUACUAGUACAGACGGUUAUUUAAAUCGAUAAAUAGUAUUAUCGACGCCUCUGACUAACUAAUCGUCAUUCUUUAUGUAAUAAUUAGGCCAAUGGGUCAAUUAAAUAUUAUUCGUAUGCGAAUCGUACGAUCGGAUCUCUCUCGUUGAAGAGACUUAAUCACAAUUCGCACACGCGUGAUAAAACGUUCGUGUAUAUAUAAAUUAAGAGUAAAAAGUAAAAUCACAUAUUCUUAAGAUUUAAGUACACGUACACACGUAUGUAUACACACAAGCGGAUUUUUUUUCUUCGCUUAAUUCGCAGCAAAAUACUCUACUGGUUUUAAAUUCGAAGAAGAAGUGGGCAAACGAAGCGUGCCUCGAUGGUUCUUUCACGUUAUAACAAGAUAUACAUAUGUAUCUUUGACGUGUAAUUCCCCUUUGUAAGGUAUAUAUUAUGGCAGUAAUUAUCGCAGUAUAUUUAAAUUAACAAACAUUGAAAAAUAGAUUUGCCCACUUCCAUCCCUUAACCGUUAACCGUCUCAUCAACGGGGAACAAAUCUGGUCACAAAUUUUCUAUUGCUCUUCGCCGACGAGACUUUAAAAAUUUCCUCCGUUUUCUAAUUCUCGCGAAUCAUUUUUAAUUAAUACGUUUCGCCUUUCGAAAAAUUCUUCCUCGUUCACCGAGAAACCAAUGAAUGUUAACGGAUAAAUAUUUUUUUUAGAACCCUUACGCGAUAUUACGGCAGGAUUUUUACACAACAAAAGCAUCACACAAGAAAGCGGAAAAUUAUUUCGAACGAAGUAUCUGUAAUAUCUUUUCUACGUGAUGGAAAUGGAAUGAUUCGAAGCAAGUUGUAACAAAUAACAUUAACAAACGAUAUGUAUACGUAUGUAUAUUCAACGAGAGGAACUUAAAAAGUAUGUUCGAUCAAGAUUUAUAUCGAUAAAAAGAAGAUUUGAAGCGAUCGGGAAUGUUCGAAGGGCAGAGAAUAUUUUCGACAGAGAAUCUUUAAGCAUAUUGACUAAUAGCACCGCAGAUUAAUAAACGUUAAAUCAUCUCAGUACGACUUAAAAUUCGAUUGUUUUCCCAGAGAGUGUAUAUGUGUGUGUGUGGAUAAAUCUCUGGGAAGUGAAUGAAACUCAUGGAAAUACAGCGACGAGAGCAUCACCAUCUGUCGUCAGAACAUCUCGACAUCUCUUUUUAUACAGUCUCAAAAAUAUAAAUAGCUCGACGAGUUUCGCCAUCACUUAUCCACUUGGAAAUGCAAAUAAUCCCGGCAAAUUUUACACCGCGGUUAGGAAUUGCCGGUAAAUAGGAACCAUGAGAAUAGUAGAGUUAGAUUACGAGAGCAAGUGCGGGCAAAAUAUUUGACACUUUAAAAAGUUUGAAUCUUUAAAAGAAAUUCGAAAGGGUGGACUAGCUUCAACUAUCAAACCGCGAUUACGUUUUCAAUUACGUUGCUUGUUUUCGGAGAGAACAUCGAUUCAUCGCUAUAUCAUCAAUCCCUUGGCAAAUUUCUUAGGAAUUGCGCGUUUGCUGAUUUCUUCUCUUUCUAUAUUUCUUCUUUUUUUUUCCCCCGCGACAAUUGUCAUUGGAAAAAAAUCAAACAAAAUUUCUCUUUUCAAUCGCGAGAUUUCUUUCCCAAGUUUCGAACAGCGGUGUACGAUAGGCACGAUAUAGUAACAGUUUUAAGUAACUCUCUCUCUCUCUCUCUCGCUCUCUCUCUCUCCCUCCCUUUCUCUCCCCCAUUCUCUCGCGUCUCUCUUUCUCUCUUGCACUCCCUUAUUAUUCGUCUUCGACGCAUUACGCUAGAACAUCGCUUUUUCAACAUCGAACGUUGUUGCCUGAAUUGUGACGAAAGCUGCGAUUGCAAGCGAAUCUCGUAAUCUCCCGUGUGUCCCAGAGAAAGAAACAAGAAAAUUUCUUCUUGCGCAUUUGCGACAGGCGAAAAAUAGGUCUAUCAACUUUAUUUCUUGUGCCGUUUACGCGUACGUAUCCCUAAGUACGUGAACGCGUAAUUAGUCUUUUCUUUCCUUCCUUCCUUUCCCUCUUUCCUUCUUUCUUUUUUUUUUUUAUCUUUUUUUUCUUUUUUUUUUCUUUUUUUUAAAGUGAAUUUGGCCCCUUUUCUUUGGAAGAAGAAAACUUGGCUUGGAUCGUUCAACUAGCACUUCCAUAGAACGCGGAUCGUUUCGCAAGUGAUCGAUUACAUAUACAAAUCGUAACGCGAAUCGAAUAAAUAAUUCACGGGGGUGAAUUAUUCCGAACGCACACGACAGACUGUCGUUUUUAUCCCUAGGAAGACGUGAAAAAGAGCGAAAGCGUACGCUGUACGUGUAUGCGUGCUCCUCGUUAUAUAUACUUAUAAAAAAAUAAAUUCCAGCACAGUAGAACGGAAGAAGCUCAUUUGGAAGGGGGUUGCGUCAACGUUUACGAAAA